ACCCAGCGCGCCCCCGCAGGAGGAGCGGAGUCUCGGAAGCCGCGCCGCGGCGGCCAGAGAGACGGCCGGAGUGUCGUGCGCCGCAGCUUUCCCCGAGUCUCCGCGCCGAGGACGCGAUGUCGAGGUACCCCUGCCCGCUUCUCCGGGCCGCCGCCUGCCUGGCCGCGCUGUGUGUGCUGACCGCAGCUCAGAACGCCACCACGACCCCGAACGUGACUGGGCCCUCGACUUUAUUGCCCACCGUCCCGACAAGCCCGACGCCAGCCACGACCCACCCGACGACCACCGCUCCAGUACCAGAAACCUGUGAAAGCCGAAACAGCUGUGUUUCCUGUUUUGAUACUAGCAUUAGUAAUGCGACCUGCUUUUGGAUAGAAUGUAAAGAAGCAAACAAAAGCUACUGUUCAAAUUUGACAGUUAGUGAAUGCGAGGUGGUGAACCGCACAGAAUUCUGUUCCGCUCCCACUCCUACUCCAUUGCCAACCAAUUCUACAGCUAAAACCACAACCCCGCCUUCCUCUUCUACAGCUUCCACCACAGCUACUACAUCAGGUACAACUAAUACCACUUUAACUCCAACUCCGCAGCCUGCGCGGAAAUCCACCUUUGAUGCAGCCAGUUUCAUUGGAGGAAUCGUCCUUGUCUUGGGUGUGCAGGCUGUUAUUUUCUUUCUCUAUAAAUUCUGCAAAUCUAAAGAACGAAACUACCACACUCUGUAAACAGACCCAUUAAAUUAACGACUGGCAUAUAACUCACUGAAACCAAAAUGCUAUCUUUCAAGAUGUCCCACAUGGAAGACACUAUUCCAAGAGCUUUAAAUUUGCAAAGGAUGCAUAUAGGAUAUUUUGGAGCAUCGUCCUUGAAGAAAAUUAGCUAAAUCAUUUUGCUCAACAGGAAUAUUUAAAAUAUUCUGCAUGAAUCCUUGUGGCUGUCUUUUCCUUUAAAUGGCUGCUGCUGUGGGAUUGUGUUCUCUGUUCUUGACAUGCCAAAUGUAACUCUGUAAGGGAUGGGAAACAUUGUCCUGCGCAGACAACCUCAUGACUCUUUGGCAGUUUAAAUUUAGUCGUUUUAAAGCCUGAAAGUUGCAUUAUUUUCAUCCUAACUCAGGAUGUAGUUUAGUCCCCAGAAUUGAGUAGAAUGUGCCAAAGGAGAAUCAGGCAGAUUUUUGGCUGUCAUUUCAAAAUGGAAUAAAUUUAUAAAUUUAGUAUCUUUAGAGUACACUGUAUCCUUAGAGUAAAAUUUUGUGCUUGAAAGCAGUUAUUUUUUCUACAUUAGAAAUAAGAUGCCACACAAGGAAUGACAUUCCCGAUUGAAGAGAAAUGAAUAGAAAGGAUACAAACCAUGAAAGUGUAGCGGCUUAUUGUUCAUACUUGUGAAGCACCUUAUGUCAUUGACAAAAUAAAGAACAGUGCCUUAAAAGACCGACGGGAAGGUAGGCUGUAACUUAAACGCCUGCAGUCUGUUCCUGCCCGCUAAGGUGAAGGUUGGUCUGAGGAUGCAGCUUGGUGUGAGCAGAAGUGAGCCUGCUUUUAGAUGCCACUCUGUUAGUAUUUCAUUAAAAACUUACCUACUUUACUUCAGACCUGAGUAACUUAAGCUAGAGGAUGUUACGAAGAUGAAAGCCUUCAUUUAUUGAACCUCCCAGUAUUUUUCUUAGGGCUGUUGAAAAGUGUAGAGAUAAAAUUGAUUCCAUUCUGUUUUCCUUUGUACUUCAAGAAAGUAUUCUAACACUGUCGUAGCUUGAAAGGAUUUCCACCAAGCUUUCUUGAAAAGUAACUGCUUUCAUGAAGCAAGAAGCAAAUAAGUUGUUUGAGAAUCAUUUACUGUUUAAAUGAGACAAUCAUUUUAAGUUUUGAGACAGCAAAUGUGAGCACUGUAAUUUCAGAAAAUCCAAGGAUUUUGGUUGAUCGGAUUACUGUAGAGUUUUAAUGACGAUCGCCCUGGACAAACAGACUGUGCUUUCUCUUCCUCCUCCUCUCUCCCGUCCUCUCUCUUUCUCGAUUUCAGUUCCCAUAAUGUAAUAAGCGUGCGUGUUUUUAUGUCUUUAGCUUUCUUAUGAAGCACUAGUUUUGGGGUUUAGAGGAUACUUCUCCCCUGCCUGUAACACAUUGGAUUAGUUCAAAGGUUUAAAUUAGUUUAAAAUGAGCUUUUGCUUUUCUAAGUCAUUAAAGUUUUUUUUUUUGUUUUAGUUUCUUUAGCCUAUAGUGGCUGAGUUUAGCACUUGGUUUUUCAAUAUUUUAUAGUAGGAAAUGACAUGUUGCUUUGGUCCAUUUCAUGAGCCAAAAUUCCUUGCAUUUAGAUAAUUAUAUUAAAGGUUCUUAAAGUGAAGAUUUACUGUUUCUUUGUUACUUGCUGGUACAGCUAAACUUUGUUUUACUUGCACGUUUGUAUAUACACCUAAUGUUUUCAAGUGCCUUAAUUGUUUAAAGUCUCUGGCUUCAAAGGUUUUUGGGAAAAGGUAGGUUUACCUCACGUUUUUGUGUUUUCAUUAGUAGUAAUAUUCUAGGUACCUCACAAAAAAUUUAUUAUGGUGCCAUGGCUGGUAGCUUUUAGUGAGUGCUGCAAGAUACAAGAUUCAUUUGAAAAUAUACAAAAUUUCCAUUCCUCCCAAAGUGGCAAAAAUUAGCUACAAAAAUUAGCUAUAAUUGUCUUUACCUAGAUAUGAAUAUCUUGGCACACUUUAAUGUCAACACAUGGAACAGUUUUUUUUGAAAAUGUAGCUAAUGAAGCUUCUCAUCUUCUAUAAUUUUGAAUACUACUCUAACAAAAUCAUAAUACGGAAUUAGAUUUUGCAAGAAGAGCUCUUAAAACAGAACUCACAGCCUUUCUCCCUGUGUCUUUGGCAAUGUAGUAUCUUGAGCCAUUGAUAAUUUUUGGGUUUUUUAAUCCAGAAGGUAUAUAGAAACCUUUUCAGAUUUUUCAUCUGAUUUGUUCACGCAAAUGUAGUUCUUAUCAAAAUACCUUAUUUUACCUUACAGAUAUUUGUUGCACAGGCAGACACUGCUGUAUUUAGAAAGUUCUAUUUCAGUUCGUUAAAAACUGCAAAACCAAUCUGUAUUAUGUUCCAAACUGAUUUAAAAUAAAUCUACAUGUUUAUUGAA